AUGUCAAAGACAGGAGUGACUGAGAUGGAGACUACCACUGCCCUGCCACCAGCCAAGCGCAGCUUCGGCGCACGCUUGGGUGCGCAUUUCAAGAAGUGGUGGUGGGUGCACUUGAUCAUCUUCAUCGCGGUUCUUCUUAUCAUCCUCUUGCCUGUAGUCUACGUGGCAUACCCCAAAAUCGCCCAAAGCCAAGUCAACGAUUCCACCCUCAACGUAACCAGCAUGGUCAUCGCCGACCCAACCCCGGACUCCUUCCACCUAACCCAAACCCAAGUCAUCGGCUCCCACAGCUCCUACCACCCCAAGAUCUACUCCUUCCUCGCCUCAGUCUCCCUGCUCGGCGCCGCGUCCGCAUUCACCUCCGUGCAGGUGCCGGAAGUGCAGUCCAAGGAUGGCGCCGAGGUUAAUGUGGAUCAGGUCGUUGAUCUGAGCAAUGCGGAUGCGUUUGGUGACUUUGCGCAGGCUGUUAUGCUGAAUGAGGAGGUUGAGAUGAAUAUUUAUGGUAGACCCGGAUUGAAGGAGGGGGGUUUGCCUAAGACGACGGUUACGUAUAACAAGACUGUUACUAUGAAGGGUCUGAACAAGCUCAACGGCUUCGACGUCACCGACUUCCACAUCUUGCUCGAGACCCAGAACGGCCGUAACAUGAACGGCACCGUUUACAUCCCCAACCCCUCCGUGAUGACAAUCACCAUGGGCAACGUCACCCUCGACCUCUCCGUCGCAGGCAUCCCAAUGGGCUACUCCUACCUCGACAACCUCGUCCUAAAACCAGGCAACAACACCGUCCCGAUGACCUCCACCGUGAACGAAAGCGCCAUCAUCACCAUGGUCACCUCCAGCUCGAACCCGUACAAGGACGGCAUGGUGCCCUUCACCAUCACCGGUAACUCGAGCGUGUACAAUGGCAAGCAACUGCCUUAUUUCACGCAGGCGCUGGCCGCGAAUAAUCUCACCGUUAGCUUGAACGUGACUAAGGCGUUGGCGGAGAUUGGAAUUAAGCUUUAA